GCACCGGUUCGAACGCGCAUGAGAUAAACGCAGAACGCGCCGUUCGUGGCAGUGUCUAUCGAGUCGUCACAGCGUGCGGAAUGUCUUUCGAGUACACGGAAAUCACGGAUCCACUGUUUGUGGAAAACAAGCGUGCCAACGAUGAAGGGAAUUUCAUCAUGGUACGCGCAAAAGACUACAACAAAGUGCCAAUAGCUCUUCCAGAUUGGCAACCUGAACCCCAUUGCUUCAGCACAGAGUUUCGAAAGUAUGAACAGGAUUUGAUUGACUUCGAGGUACAUCCGGAUGAUGUGUGGGUGGCUUCGUAUCCGAAGAGUGGAACCACCUGGUGCCAAGAGAUGGUUUGGUUGAUAUGCAACGAUCUGAACUUUGAAGCCGCACGAGCUGAAUCAUUGCGUACGCGAUUCCCGUUCCUCGACAUUAGCUUGAUACACGACAUCAACAGCAAUUCGUUUGCUAAAAUUCGCGAGUCGGAACGACGCCCACGGUUCAUUAAAACACAUCUACCAGUCUCGAUGCUACCGAAAAGCUACUGGACGGCCAAACCAAAGACGGUGUACAUCAGGCGUAACCCGAAAGCGGUUGGUGUAUCGUACUAUCAUCACUCUCGUCGUAUUUUCUACCGUGGCACAAUGGACAAUUUUAUUCAUUCGUUCAUACAAGAACAUCAGUUCUACUCACCGAUUCAUGCGCACGUGAUCGAGUAUCAUGAGCUGCGGGACUGCGAUAAUGUGCUUCUUAUUUCUUAUGAGGAAAUGAAGCACGACUUAGCGUCGGUUGUCCAGCGGGUUUGCCAGUUUUUCGAUAAAUCGUACAGCGAAUCUCAGCUUUCUAAUCUGUACGGACAUCUGUCCUUUGACUCGAUGCGAAAUAAUAAGGCUUGCAAUUACGAAGACCAUACAAGCCAUACAAGACCGAUCGACGGCACCGACUCACGCUUUCUUAGGAAAGGAAAAACGGAUAGCUGGAAAGAGGAGCUGACGCCGGAACUAAUCGAUGCUCUCGAUCGGUGGACACUAGAAAAGGUACCAAAUGAGCAGCAUAGAAAGUUGUUCUCAUAAAAGUGAAAGCAAAAUAGUCUGAUUAGUAUUUUCCAUAUUGAACUGCAAUACAACUGCAAUAGAUUUCGAGGUUUAGUAGUGCGAUGGUCACGGUUAUUGAAAAUGUGGGUAAAUUGUGAGUCUUCAGUUUUGCUACGAUCGAUUUCAAACACUUUACACAAUAUUUUUGAAAGGUCAUUCAUAAAGAGGAAAAAGCAAACAAAGUGA